AUGUUUCGAGCUCUUUCUCCGGCGCGUGGCCUGGUUGUUGCUGUUUGUCUAUUGUUGGCGGCGACGUUUUCCGUGUCGCUUGUAGCUGCGUUGUCGCCUGUGAGUACGGUUAGCUGGACCUGGAUAGGUGGAGAGACGGGUAUCAAUAAUCCUGGUACUUAUGGAACGCUUAACCAAACUUCUGCUGGGAGUGCCCCAAGAAGUCGUGAAUAUCCAGCAGCUUGGGUCGGAAGAUCAAAUACACUUUACUUAUUUGGUGGUUUUAGCAGUGGAAACCCAUCUGCGAGCUACCUAAAUGACCUAUGGACCUUCGACUUGACCUCACUUGAAUGGACAUGGAUUGGGGGUUCCUCAGAAGCCGACCAACCGGGAGUGUAUGGCACAGUCGGCACAGGCAGCCCAAAUAAUAUACCCGGCAGCCGUUACGGAAGUGCGUAUUGGCAGACGGACGACCAGCAUUUCUGGUUGUUUGGAGGACUCGGCUUCGAUAAGACUGGAAACGGUGUUGGCGACCUGAACGAUAUGUGGCAGUAUGAUACUGAAACGGGAAUCUGGACGUGGUUCGGUGGGAAUGAUACUUUCAACGCCAUGCCAGUCUAUGGACCGAAGGAUAUCUACAGCCAAAUUUACAAUCCCGGAGGCCGAGAUAGCGCGGCAUUUUGGCUGGGCGCAGAUGGCCUGCUUUGGCUGUUCGGUGGAGAAGCUUUACAUCAAGGAUCAUUUUCGGACCUUUGGUCAUUCAAUACUACCACAUUCCAGUGGGCGUACAGAGACGGAUCGCAGGCUCCCAACGAGCCUGGUAACUUUAGUGAACCAGGUGUUGCUAAUGCCACGAAUGCACCAGGAGCACGUCGAAAUGCUUAUACGUGGACAGAUCUUGGUGGAAAUCUCUGGUUGUUCGGUGGUAUUGGAUACGGAAACAGUUCACAAGCUGGCCCUGGUCUGUUGAAUGAUCUAUGGGUCUACAACAUAAGUCAGUUAACGUGGAUUUUCAUUGCAGGGAAUACCACGAUUCAGAAUCCAGGAUCAUAUGGAACUCUCGGAGAAUUCGCACCGACUAACUAUCCUGGAGGAAGAGACUCGGGUUCAAGUUUCGUAGACUCAUCGGGUAAUCUGCAGCUCUUUGGCGGUGGCGGGAACGCAAACGACCGUGUGAAUUUCGUUUUUUUGAACGAUCUAUGGGUUUUCGAUAUCGAACUGGGUCAAUGGGCGUGGAUUAAUGGAAGCUCAACGGGGAACGCUGCUGCAGUAUACGGGGCAUUGAACGAGUCCGACCCGAGUGUUGCUCCCGGCGGUCGAGCAGGACCAGCUUUCUGGAACACCAGUGGAACAGAUCCGGUCAUGUUUGGCGGAUUUGGAUACUCAAACACUAGCGGAAAUGGCUUUCUCAAUGAUGCCUUCGCUUUGAGAGAAACGUUCCCUACACCUACCCCUCGAUCUACGCCAACAUCAACGCCAACUCUGACACCUACAAUUACGCCAACUGCUACUGCGACCCCGACACCCACGCCGACACCUACACCAGUCUGCACCAUUGAGAUCUGCGGCUCUCCAGGACAGUACACCAACCAGGACGCUUGCGAGCAAGUCGGAUGCUGCUUUAACUCCCAGACAAACGCGUGCACCCUGAAGAGCGUCUCAGCGGCGUGCAGCGCUGUUCCAGUGACGCAACGUGUCCCCUGCGGCUGGAGCUACAUCUACCCCGACGAGUGCACUGCGAUACCGGGAUGCUGCUGGCAGCCUACAGCGAACGGCAUCCUCGCGCCCUGGUGCUACUACGACAUCGACCAUGCACCGCAGGCCUCUGUAGCGCUGCAGGAGGUGCAGGCACCGGUUCCCGUCUGCCCGUCACCGGGAGCGCAGCGCCAGCCGUGCGGCAACGCGGGUAUCAACCAGUUUACGUGCUAUGCCCAGGGCUGCUGCUACGACUCGCAGGCGCAGAACCAAUGGGUGCAGAACGGCAAGCAGCAGAGCGACUUUGCGUCGAACCCGUACUGCUUCCAGCCCGAGAAGACGUGCGCGGUGGGCGAGUUUGAGCGCCAGCCGUGCACGAACGCGGUGAAUCAGAACCAGCAGCUGAACAAUAACAUCAACAAUAACCAGUUUGUGCGUCUGCUGAACACGCUUCUGUACGGGGAGCAGCACGGGACGCAGCGCACGAGCUACUCGCCGCAGCAGUGCCUGGAGGCUGGUUGCUGCCUGGGGCUCGGCAACGAGUGCUUCCAGCCGAUGACCGAGUACGUGUGCCAGACCUACGGGUAUGUGUCGAACUCGCUGAGCGGCACGAACGGCAACGUAUCGAACUCGAGCUAUAUUGCUUGCGGCCCUGAGUGCUGCAACGCCGAGACGCAGAACUGUACGUACAACCCGUUCAGCAACAACAAUAACCAGCAACUGCAGCAACAAUUGCAACAACAGCAGCAACAACAACAGGUGCUGCUGCCGUCAUUCUGUGUGUGCAAGGACCCUACGAAGCAGUGCGGGACGUACCUGAUCCCUUCGGAUAACCUUGUGAACAAGAUGCGUUGCUGCCGCGCUGACGAGGAGUGCAUCAACAACCAGUGUGUGGUGAUUAGUCCAACACCGACUCCGAGUCCCGUGGCUGCGACAGCGACACCCUCUGCGACGGUGUCUGCGGCGGUGUCUGCGACGAUGUCUGCGAGUGCGUCAGCAUCGGUUUCGGGUUCAGCUUCAGUGUCUGCUUGA